AUGCCUCCAGAGGAUUACGGGCGACAAUUAGAAGACGUGGACAACCUCUUAGAGGAACUGAUCGAUGCAACAAUGACCAAGUUCCUAGAACAAGUGAAAGACGGAACCUGGACAUCCGAAGGAUGGUCGCAAACGAACACCGACUAUUCCUUAUCAAAAAUCGCGGUUAAUGCAUUCACUGAGGUCAUGGCAAAAAAACUCUCGGAACACCCCGAAGGUGGAAAGAUAUACAUCAACUCCUACUACCCGAGUAUGGUGAAGACCGCCAUGACCGGUUGGGCGGGCCAAAUUACACCCGAAGAAGGUGCCGACACAGCCGUCUGGCUCUCGUUGCUCCCGGAUCAGGCGGUUAACGGCAAAUUCUUUGCCGAAAGGCGCGAUACGUUUUUUAAAACAGUAUUUUCUGCGGGAUAUGCAGAGUUAGUUUGA